UGCUUUAUUUUUUUUCUAUUGGCUCAUGUAAUUUUUGUAACGCCUUCCCUGUUACUUGUGAGGUUUCCGAAGAAAAGGUAUUCUGGUUAUUUAUAUUUUAUAGAGAUUCUUUAGCUUACCAAGAGCGAAACACUUUUUGCACUUUCACCAACAAUAUAGAGCAAGGAAACGCUCGCCUGAGUACUUCGGAAGAUAUUUAAAGUUUGGAUUUAAAAAAAAUAAUUAAAAAAAUCCAUACGAACUAUCUAAGCAUACCCAGAGUGAACGGCGGCGUUUGUCUUUUUGUGUUAAUUAUCUCAAAUAGAACAUUAGCUCUCAAGUCUAGUAUUUCGUCCUUUACAAAGUUGAUACGUAUUCAUCUUUAUUUUUAUUCCUCCCAUUUGAAUUGAUAUAACCAAUUUAUCUGCAUUUCCCGAAAGAAAAGGACAGAAGGGACAAGUCUCCUCUGUUCACCAUUUAACGUUCUUUUGUAUUUACCAAAUCUCUGUGAUUUAAUCAUUAAAUUGCGUUGCUUGGUUUAUUCGUCUCUAUCUUUUAUUUCUCCCUUACAUAUAAUUGGCGUUUAAGUUUUGUAUUCCAAUCACCUUCGUUCUUUUUCACGUUUCUCACUCUUUGAUUGCUCUAGCAUUCCUUCGUUUCUUUCACAUCUGAGAACACCAGUCGUUUCGUUUUCAGUUGUGUAAAUAGUUUCUUGACUUUAAUUUUUGCAUUUGCUUUGCUUCCUACAGUUUGCUUUCGAUUGUUUGUUGAAGCUUUGUUGAAGUUUGCUCUCGUUUUGCUCAUAUUGGCCAGGCAUUAGAUCUAUGGUAAGUUCUUUGAUUUUAUCAAGAAUUAACUUUCCGUGACAUUUUGGUAACAAAUCUGAAGAGGGAUUUGUUUCAAUUUGUAAAACUUUUGUCUUGUGUAUCUUACCAUAUUAAACAAUUUUCUUCAAAUUUAUCAUUACGCAAAUUUGUUUAUAAUUAUUACUUUAACAUCUCUUCCUAAUGUACCCAUAUCAGAGAUCUGAAGAGUCAUCUGCUUCUUCACUUCAUGGAGCAAGCGAGGAAACUCCAAUGAACCCAAACUUUCCUUCUGAUUCAUACUUUGGCGGACGCCAUCAUCCGUCGUCUCAUGCAAAUCCUUUUAUGCACGAGCAAGAAGAUGCUUACUCUGAUAUACUGGAAGAGGUUCCGAAUGAAGGUGUUUACAAUUCUCCCGAAAGACCUAGCUCUUCUGAGGAAUUCGUUUCUCAGGAUGAAUCCAAUAUCUCCGCUGGCAGUUCCUAUAUGUUCCCUUACAACCGGGGACAUCCUUUAGCCAAGCGUCAUGAUUCAAUUAUGGUUGAUGAGUUCGGCCAUGAAUACAUAGUAGAAGGUGAAAGCAUUGCUUCAACGGAUGAAGCUAUUGAUUAUGAUGCAUUGUAUGCUUCAUGGACUGCUGAUAAUAAAGCUCCAAUCCUUGCCAUUGACAUUGAAAAUAUUUUCAUCGAACUUGCUAUGAAGUUUGGCUUCCAAUGGGACAGUAUGAGAAACAUGUUUGACUACCUUAUGGUUAUGCUUGAUUCUCGUUCAUCGCGCAUGGCUCCUCAAGAUGCUUUGCUAUCUAUACAUGCCGAUUAUAUUGGCGGUCCUCAUGCUAAUUUCAAGAAAUGGUACUUUGCUUCCAGAAUGGAUCAGUUUGAUCUUGCUUCAGGUGUACCAUCGUUCAUUUCUCGUGAUCCUUCUAAUCAGACCGCUCCCUCGGACUUAUCCGGAUGCGAUGCGCUUUGGGUUUCUCGUAUGGAUGAAUUAUCUAACUACGAGCGUAUUGAGCAGUUAGCUCUUUACCUUUUAUGUUGGGGUGAAGCUAACAAUGUUCGAUUUAUGCCAGAAUGCUUAUGCUUUAUUUAUAAAUUAGCCUACGACUAUCUUAUUUCCCCUCAAUAUAAAGAGCAAAAGAAUCCAGCCCCCAAAGAAUAUUUUCUUGAUCAUUGCAUUACUCCGUUGUAUAAUCUGUUGCAUGAUCAGCAAUAUGAAAUCCGUAACCAAAAGUACGUUCGGAAAGAAAAGGACCAUUCUGAAAUUAUUGGUUAUGAUGAUGUCAAUCAAAUGUUUUGGCAUGCUAGCGGUAUCAAACGUAUAAAGCUUGCCGACGGUUCUGGAAUAAUGAAGGCGCUCCCUUCUGCAAGAAUUCACUUACUCGAUCAAGUCCAAUGGAAUCGCGUAUGUUAUAAAUCGUAUAGAGAGACUCGUACUUGGCUACAUUUUAUAACAAAUUUUAAUCGUAUUUGGAUUUUGCAUCUCUGCGUCUUUUGGUAUUUUACCGUUCAUAAUUCUCCUACCAUAUAUACUAGGAAUUUUCAUUAUCUAGAGAAUACUCAGCCUGCUCGCGCUGCCGAGUGGAGUGCACCUGCUCUUGCGGGUGCCGUUGCUUCGUUUCUGAAUUUUGUGGCGCUUAUUCUGGAAGGUUACUUCGUUCCUAGAAGUUCACCUGGGGCCCAAGCUGUUUUGCCCAGAUUGGCAUUUGUAUCCGUUUUGCUUGCAUUGAAUAUAAUUCCUGCCGUUUUCAUUUUUGGAUUUUCUAACGAUCAGCAACAACAUUAUAAAAGUCGUGAAAUUGUUGGCUAUGUUCAUUUCUUUUUUUCUAUUGCUUGUGUUGCAUAUCAGACUUUUGUUCCUCUAUCUGCCUUAUUGGGCCCAAGGUUUAAUUUUCGCGGUUCUAGGAAGUACUUGGCCACUAAAUACUUUACUAACAACAUUGUAACUUUACCAUGGCGCCGCCUCCUUUUGUCGAUUUGUUUGUGGAUUACUGUGUUUGUCGCCAAGUUUGUUGAGUCAUACUACUUUCUUACUCUCUCGGUUCGUGAUCCUGUCCGAUAUUUACAGAGAAUGCGGCCAUACGACUGUAGUGAUUACUUAAUUGGCUCUAGUCUAUGUAGAUAUCAGCCUAAAUUCUUAUUAGCGCUCGUUUAUCUUACAGAUUUGGUUUUGUUCUUCCUUGAUACAUACUUAUGGUAUAUGCUAAUCAGUACUAUCUUCAGCAUCGGCUAUUCCUUCCAGAUUGGUUCUGCAAUUUGGACUCCUUGGCGUGUGAUUUAUUCGAACCUGCCAAGGCGGAUAUACUUUAACCUGCUUUCUUCUAAGUCGUUGUCGACUGAAUUCAAACCGAAGAUUUACGUUGGACAAAUAUGGAAUAGUGUUAUGAUUUCAAUGUACCGAGAACACUUGCUUUCUUUAGAACACCUAAAAGGUUUGUUGUAUCAACAGGUUGGUUCAGAGUAUUUCGGGAAACAAACUUUUCAGUCGCCCAAAUUCUUUAUGGAAUCAGCUAAAGGGAAAUCAAUAAAAAAUAAGUACUUUUUAGCUACGUCGGAAGCAGAGAGGAGAAUCUCUUUUUUCUCACAGUCUCUAGCUGCGAACCUGCCUGAAGCUAUGCCGGUACCUAAGAUGCCCUCUUUUACUGUGCUUGUUCCUCAUUACAGUGAAAAAAUUCUUCUUAGCCUUCGUGAAAUUAUUCGCGAACAAGAUCCCAUGUCGAGAAUUACUUUAUUAGAAUACUUGAAGCAACUUUACCCACACGACUGGAAUUGUUUUGUUCAAGACACUAAGCUGAUGGCUGGUGAAACGGGUCCUUUGGAUAAUAGCAAAGCUGAUGCCAAAUCUGAAAAGCCAAAAAAGAAUCAUUUCCUUAAGGAAGAUCUUCCUUUUUAUUGCAUAGGAUUUAAAUCUACGGCUCCGGAAUAUACUUUGCGUACUAGAAUCUGGGCUUCUCUUCGGAGUCAAACCUUGUACCGUACUGCGAGUGGUAUGAUGAAUUAUUCUCGUGCUUUGAAAUUGCUUUAUCGUGUUGAACACCCUGCUUUACUGGACGAAUGUGAUGGUAACUUUGAAAAACUAGAACAUCAGUUGGAGCAAAUGGCUUAUCGAAAGUUCCGUCUUUGUCUCUCCAUGCAACGUUAUUCUAAAUUUAAUCGCGAUGAAUAUGAGAACACGGAAUUUCUUUUGAGAGCUCAUCCUGAACUUCAGAUUUCUUACUUGGACGAAGACUCAGCUGAGGAUGGUGAGGAGCCUAAGGUGUAUGCAACUCUUAUCAAUGGGUUCUGUCCUCUCGAGAAUGGCCGUCGCUUACCAAAAUACCGUAUUCGUCUAUCUGGUAAUCCCAUUUUGGGAGACGGUAAAGCCGAUAAUCAAAAUAUGGCUCUUCCAUUUGUUCGUGGUGAGUAUCUUCAAGUCAUUGAUGCAAACCAAGAUAAUUAUAUCGAGGAGUGUCUGAAAAUUCGCAGUGUUCUUACUGAAUUUGAAGAAAUGGAUGCUGUUACGACGAAUCCCUAUACUCCCUCAGAAGAGCAUUGGCCUGUUGCUAUGGUGGGUUCUCGUGAGUAUGUAUUUUCAGAGAAUAGUGGUAUCUUAGGUGAUGUUGCUGCCGGCAAGGAACAGACUUUUGGUACAUUAUUUUCUCGGUCUUUGGCUUUAAUUGGUGGUAAGUUGCAUUAUGGUCAUCCUGACUUUUUAAAUACAAUCUUUAUGACCACACGCGGUGGUGUCUCUAAAGGUCAGAAAGGAUUACACGUUAAUGAGGAUAUCUACGCUGGUAUGAAUGCUAUGCAGCGUGGAGGGCGAAUCAAGCAUUGCGACUACUUCCAAUGUGGUAAGGGUCGUGAUCUUGGUUUUGGUACUAUUCUGAACUUUACUACGAAAAUUGGUACUGGUAUGGGUGAACAGGCAUUGUCGCGUGAGUACUUCUAUUUAGGUACUCAAUUGCCUUUCUUUAGAAUGCUUUCAUUCUAUUAUGCACACGCAGGCUUCCAUCUUAACAAUGUCUUUAUUAUGUUAUCCAUGCAACUAUUGAUGCUUGUGUUCAUUAACGUCGGUGCGAUGUACCAUACUGUUCCUAUUUGCGGGUAUCAAUCCAGUGGUGCAGUUAAUCAAGGAUUUUACCCAGCAGGAUGCUAUAUGCUCAAGCCAGUUCUGGAUUGGAUUAGAAGAUGCAUUAUCUCCAUUUUUGUUGUUUUCUUCAUUUCAUUCUUACCCUUGAUUGUACACGAUCUUCUGGAAAAAGGUGUUCUUCGUGCUGUUUCCCGUUUGUGUAAGCAGAUUUUUUCGUUUUCCCCUAUGUUUGAGGUGUUUGUCACUCAAAACUAUUCUCAGUCAAUUAUUACCAAUUUGACUUUUGGCGGUGCUCGCUACAUUGCUACUGGCCGUGGACUAGCUACUACUCGGGUGCCUUUCUCAGUUUUGUACUCCAGAUAUACCGGUUCCUCUAUCUAUCUCGGUGCACGUUUAUUGCUAAUGUUGCUGUUUGGUACAAUGACGGUAUGGACUACUCAUUAUGUCUACUUUUGGUGCACAAUGUUUGCAUUAGUUAUAUGUCCAUUCCUUUACAAUCCUCACCAAUUCUCGUUUGUUGACUUUUUCGUUGAUUAUCGUGAAUUCCUUCGUUGGCUCUCUCGUGGUAAUAGCAAAGGACAUGCUCAUUCCUGGAUUGGUUUUUGCAGGUUGGCUCGUACAAGGAUUACCGGUGUUCAGAAAAAGCUUAAAGGGGCUCCAUCAAACAAAAUUACAAUGGACAUUCCUCGUGCCAGUAUUAGAAAUUUAUUGUUCACUGAAGUUUUUGUGCCUGCAUUCUUUUGCUUUUUCUCUCUCACUGCAUAUACAUUUAUGAAUUCUCAGCCUGGUUUGGAGGACACUUCGCGCUCAGUUAAUGGGUUCAUUCGUAUUUGGAUAAUGGCAGCAUUGCCUAUAGCUAUUAGCGUUGGUAUGUUAGUUGUGUCUUUGCUUGUAUCCUGUUGUCUUGGACCCUUGUUAAACAAAUGUUGUAAGCAAUUUGGUGGUUUUAUGGCUGCUAUUUCACAUGGUGUUUGUGUUGUUGGAUUGGUUUUUACUUUUGAGGCUUUGUGGUUCUUAGAAGCAUGGUCAUUUUCCAAGACUGUUUUGGGGUGCAUCGUCAUCAUUUCGAUUCACCGGCUUCUUUUUAAGUUAGUAGUUGUAUUCAUUCUUCCUCGGGAGGUUUCUGGUGGAGAGACCAACUUUAGCUGGUGGGAUGGAAAAUGGAUUGGCAGAGAUAUUCCCAUGAAGCCUAUCCAAUUUGUUCGAGAGUUCUUGUGUAAAAUCGUUGAACUAAAUCUUUUUGCUAUGGACUUCAUGUUGGCACAUUGCAUUCUUUUCUGUAUGGUACCUGUACUUAUAAUUCCUUAUAUUGACAUCCCUCACUCUGUUUUAUUGUUUUGGCUUCAGCCUAGCCGUCAAAUACGUCCUCCGAUCUACACACUUAAGCAAAAUCAACUUCGCAGAAGAACGUUUUAUCGCUACUCAAUUUUGUUUACGCUUAUUCUGUGUACAUUUGUUGCAAUGAUUGUGGUGCCACUAGUCCUUGAUCAUAAGUUGAAAUACACAUUUAAGUUCGUUAAUUCUAAAAAGUUCUUCCGGUUAAUGCAACCUACAAUGGGUAGGGUCAUUAACCCUAAAAAGAACACUUCCGAUUGAGUGAGGCAUGUUUCGAUCGGACCUUACAUAUGUACUGGUGUUUACACCAACAUUUGGGUAAAAAGGAAUGGGGCAAUUGAAGCGCAUGAGAGUAAGAUCUCGUGAUUGAAAAAAUGCCUAACAUAAUUCUGAUCAAGAUUGAAUUAUGCAUAAGAUUAUACUCGUUCUUUUAUUUUUUAUCCUCUUUUUUAUUUUUCUAGCAUGAAUGGAUGCCACAAAAACAAAGUUUUGCAUAUACUUAUCAUCUAUGCCAAAUUUUUUCUCUCGUUUGUAACGUAAAUUUUUAAUAUGGAAUGUUUACUUUGCUCGCAUGAUCCGUUGCUGAACGGACUGUUUCCUUUACUUUUUUUCUUUUAUAUUUUUUGCUUUUAGGCCGCCUUUUUUGGUCUAAGUGAUGGAUGAAAUAGUUACGCUAUGGACACCAAACCCUUGUAAAUAGUUACUUGAUUUCUUUUUUCGUUCCUUUUUACCUUCUAUAUCUCUUACUUUUUAUUUUUAUUUCUUUAGAUUUAUUCUCUAUUCUGAAAUGACAUGACUAAUGUUUUCAUGGUAAAUUUGACCAUAAUCAAUUCAUUAAUUCCUGUAGCUUACUGUUCAAUUCACCUGCCUGUGUUUUUC